GGUGGGGUUGCCAACCUGUUUGCAUUGCACAUUGUAUUUUUUGUGAGAUUUUGGGGCAACAAGAGAGGUUAUACGCCAAGAUGAAGCAUGCCCCGCGCCGUCGUACCCGUUCGAAAGCGGACACGCAAACAGCAUCGUCACCCCAGCCAGGAGGAGCCACCACGUUACCCCUCAAGGACACAUCGAACAUCAACGAGAAGCCGCUGAUCACCAAGGAGCAACAGCGAACGCGAGCGCGACCGCUCCAGUCCCUGGAGACACUUGCCCAAAAGGCGGGUAUCAUCUUUGACGAUUGCCAAGACUUGUCACAGCAGCAACAGCAGCAGGCAACACCAACCACAAAAAGGCAGAAGGGAAACGAAAACGGUGAAGGAGGUGGAAGUGGCGGAGGAGGAGGAGGAGAAGCUGGGACACCGCGCACUACACGUCGCUCCCGCACUCUCAGAACUGCCCCACAGAACCACCGACACAGCAGCAGCAGCCACAGAAUGGAGAAGUCACAGAGCCCGGCCCAACAAGUGGCUUCCGCCACGACGGUGCCCCUGCAGAUCUUACCAGAGCAGCUGCAGCACUUCUACGCGAGCAACCCGUAUGCCAUCCAGGUAAAGCAGGAGUUCCCCACGCACUCGGCAGGCACCACCACCACGGAACUAAAGCAUGCGACCGGUCUGCUGGACGCCAGCCAGGCGAACCAGUUGCAGCAGAUGCAGCUCCAGCAGCUGACGGCGGCGGCAGCCGAUGCAGCCGGAGGAAACGGCUCUGCAGGUGGCGGAGCAGGAGGAGGAGGAGGCCAGGGUCAGGGCGGAGGUGCACCCAGUCCCGCGAACCAGCAGGGACAGCAACAACAGCAGCAGCAGCAGCAGCACUCGACGGCCAUCAGUACGAUGUCGCCGAUGCAGCUGGCGGCAGCCACCGGCGGAGUGACCGGCGACUGGUCACAGGGUCGGACCGUGCAGCUGAUGCAGCCCUCGACGGGAUUCAUCUACCCGCAAAUGAUGAUCUCCGGCAACCUGCUGCACUCCGCGGGCCUCGGCCAGCAGCCCAUACAAGUGAUCACCGCCGGGAAGCCGUUCCAGGGCAACGGCCCCCAGAUGAUCACCACCACCACGCAGAACGCCAAGCAGAUGAUGGGGGGGCAGGGCGGGUUCGCCGGCGGCACCUACGCCAUCCCCUCCAGCCAGUCCCCGCAGACGCUGCUCAUCUCGCCCAAUCUGGUCAACGUCAUCUCCCACUCUCCGCAGCAGCAGCAGAGUCUCCUCCAGUCGAUGGUCGCCCAGCAGCAACAGCAGCAGCAACAACAACUCAACGCCCAACAGCAGCAGCAGCAGCAGCAGCUGACGGCGGCGGCAGCGGCUCAGCAGGCGGUGGCCAUGGCCAAGGCAGGAGUGGGAGUGGGAGCUGAUGGUCAGGGCAAGAUGCAGGCGCAGAAGGUGGUCCAGAAGGUGACCACCACCACCAACACGGUGCAGGCUGCGUCGGCAGGCGCUGGGGGGGCACAGGCGCAGCAGCAACAGCAGCAGCAGACCACCACCCAGCAGUGCGUCCAGGUCUCGCAGUCGACACUGCCCGGCGUGGGAGUGGGAGUGGGUGUGGGCGUGGGCGGGCAGCUGCUGAAUCCGCUGGGCGGUGCCGGCGCGGGCCAGGCGCAGCAGAUGCAGCUCGGUCCCUGGUUCUGGCAGAACGGCCUGCAGCCCUUCGGCUCGAACUCCAUCAUCCUGCGGGGCCAGCCGGACGGCACUCAGGGCAUGUUCAUACAGCAGCAGCCCACCACGCAGACCCUACAGACCCAGCAGAAUCAGAUCAUUCAGUGCAAUGUGACCCAGACACCUACCAAGCCUCGCACCCAGCUGGAAGCGUUGGCCUCCAAGCAACAACAGCAGCAGCAGCAACAACAGCAGCAACAGCAGGCGGCGGCCAACAGCCAAGCGCAGCAACAACAACAACAGCAGCAGCAGCAGCAGCAGCAGCAACAACAGCAAUUGGCGGUGGCCACGGCCCAACUGCAACAACAGCAGCAACAGCAACAGCAACAGUUGACGGCCCUGCAGCGUCCUGGAGCACCGAUUAUGCCCCACAAUGGGACGCAGGUGCGCCCGGCCAGCUCCGUGUCAACGCAGACGGCGCAGAACCAGAACCUGCUCAAGGCCAAGAUGCGGAACAAGCAGCAGCCUGUCCGUCCGGCGUUGCCGGCCCUCAAGACGGAGAAUGGUCAGGUGGUGGCGGUUGGCGCGGUGCAGAGUAAAGCACUGGGCGUGGGCCAGCACAUGGCUGCCGUCCAGCAACAGCAGCAGCAGCACCAGCAGCAACAACAGGCGAACCUCCACCAGGUGGUAACCGCAGCGGGAAACAAGAUGGUCGUGAUGAGCACGGGCACGCCGAUAACCCUGCAGAAUGGCCAGACCCUGCAUGCAGCCACUGCGGCCGGAGUGGACAAGCAACAGCAACAGCAGCAGCAGCUGCAGCUCAUGCAGAAGCAGCAGUAUCUGCAGCAGCAAAUGCUCCAACAGCAGAUAGCUGCCAUCCAGAUCCAGCAGCAGGCGGCAGCCCAACAGCAGCAGCAACAGCAGCAGCAACAACAACAGCAACAGCAGCAGCAGCAGGCGGUUGCCCAGGCGCAGCAGGAUCAGCGCCAACAGGUUGCACAGGCACAGGCACAGGCGCAGGCCCAAGCUCAGGUACAGGCGCAGCAACAUCAACAGCAGCAGGCACUGGCUCAGCAAAUACUCCAGGUGGCGCCCAACACCUUCAUCACCUCCCACCAACAGCAGCAGCAGCAGCUCCACAACCAAUUGCUGCAGCAACAGCUCCAGCAGCAGGCGCAGGCCCAAGUGCAAGCUCAGGUUCAGGCCCAGGCACAGGCACAGCAGCAACAGCAACAGCAACAGCAGCAGCAGCAGCAGCAACAACAGCAGCAACAACAGCAACGGGAGCAGCAGCAAAACAUCAUCCAACAAAUUGUGGUGCAGCAGGCGGGUGGAGCGGGCCAGCAGCAGCAACAGCCACAGCAACAGCAAACGCAGGCGGGACAAUUGCAGCUGAGCAACGUUCCCUUUUCGGUGUCCUCGACUACGACGCCCGCAGGUAUAGCCACGUCGAGUGCCCUCCAGGCCGCCCUCUCGGCCUCCGGCGCCAUUUUCCAGACGGCCAAGUCGGCCAGUAGCAGCUCCUCUCUGCCGACCAGCAGCGUAGUGACAAUAACAAACCACUCAGCGGGUCCGCUGGUCACAAGCAGCACGAUGGCAGCCAGCAUCCACCAAGCCCAGCUCCAGCAGCAGCAACACCAACACCAACAACAGCAGCAACAACAACAACAGCAGCAACAACAACAGCAGGGACCACCCGCUCUGGCGGCUGCGUCGCCCUCACCCGCCACAAACCCCAUAAUGGCCAUGACGUCCAUGAUGAACGCCACAGUUGGACCUGUCAGCAGCAGCGGUGUGAUGCCCUCUCCGGCAACGCUGGUCGCGUUCAGCGCUGCCAGUGGAGGUAGUCAUCCGGCGACACCCACCAAGGAGACGACGCUGAAGAUGCCCACACCCACCGCCACCCUGGUGCCCAUUGGGUCACCUCUGAACAGCAGUGCCGCUAGCCAGGAUCACCACCAGCAGACAUCGUCUGUCAACACCACGCCCAAGUCCGCUGCAAGCGGCAAUGUCAGUGUCAGUGCCAGUGCCAGUGCCAGUGCCACAGCAGAGGCCAGUAGCUCCACGAGUGACGCCCGGGUGAAUGGAGAGGCCCCGGAGGCGUCUCACAGCAGCACCAGUAGCAGCAGCAGCACCACCACCACGCCCACGAAGGCCACCACCACAAGGCAGAGCAAUGUGGUGCUGCCCACAAGUAGCUGCAGCACCACCAGCAGCACCACUAGCUCCACGCACAGUGGGAAGGAUGCUGGCAAGGGCGGAGCGGCAACAACCACGAGCAUCAGCAGCAGCAGCAGCAGCAGCAGCAGCGGACCUUCGACGACAACCACGACGACAGUCAGCAACGGGAUUGGGCUAGGCAGUCUGGGCAGGACAGGGAGCACCACUGUGACAACCACAACGACGACCACCAGCAGCAGCACUGCGACGACUACACCCACAACCGCAACAACAACUACAACGAGCAUAAGCAAUGGGAGCAAUGGGAGCAAUGGGAAGGAUCUGCCGAAGGCAAUGAUCAAGCCGAAUGUGCUGACCCAUGUCAUCGACGGAUUCAUCAUCCAGGAGGCCAACGAGCCCUUCCCUGUGACGAGGCAACGCUAUGCUGACAAGGACACCAGCGACGAGCCGCCAAAGAAAAAGGCUGCCAUGCAGGAGGACUCGAAGCCAUGCGGAAUAGCCACUGGAACUCCAACCACAACCACAGCAACCGCAACAACAACCCCAACUCCAUCCCCAACAGCAGGCAGUGCGACGGACAUGGUGGCCUGCGAGCAGUGCGGCAAGCUGGAGCACAAGGCGAAGCUCAAGCGGAAGCGCUUCUGUUCCCCAGGCUGCGCCAGGCAGGCGAAGACUGGCGUCGCAGGCAUCUCGGCAUCCAGCGGAGUAGGAGUGGGAGUGGGAGAGAGCAAUGGAAUGGGAAUGGAAAUGGAAAUUGGAGGAAUUGUGGGAGUGGAUGCGAUGGCGCUGGUGGACAAACUGGACGAGGCCAUGGCCGAGGAGAAGAUGCAGAUGCAGACGGACGCACUGCAAGCGCUGCAGUCCACGCCGCUGUCCCUUAUGCCAUUGUCAAGCAACGCGGAGCCAUUGUCAAUGCCACUGCCACUGGUGUCUUCCUGCCUUCCUGUCCUGCCAGUCAUGGCAGGCACCCCCGUUCCAGUCCCUCCCCUAGUUGCAGUCGCACUCACAGUUCCGGCUCCCCCUCACGUGGCCCUGCCUGCGGCUCCGUCUCCGGCUCCCACACCUCCAGCGGCAGCGGUGGCGCCCCAGCCACCAGUGCCAGCAGCAGCAUCCUCAUCCUCCUCCUCCUCCUCCUCUUCGAGCGGAGGCGAGCGUUCGCCCAUCUGCAACUGGAGCGUGGACGAGGUCGCUGACUUCAUACGGAAUCUGCCGGGCUGCCAGGACUAUGUGGACGACUUUGUUCAGCAGGAGAUCGACGGCCAGGCGCUGCUGCUGCUCAAGGAGAAUCACCUGGUGAAUGCCAUGGGCAUGAAGCUGGGCCCCGCCCUCAAGAUUGUUGCCAAGGUGGAGUCCAUGAAGGAGGUGGUCCCGGCGCCGGGCUCUGGCGAUUCCAAGGAGGCAACGGCAGCGGGAGGAGCUCAAUAAUAUCAGCCUGAUGCUCCAGUCGAUGCCAUUGUC